AUGCAACAUGAAACUACAAAACUGGAUAGUGGGAGCGAAACAAGAAACGGUUUAGAACAAGGGUCGGACAUAAGGGAUAUACUACAAGCGCCGGCCGAACGGAUAGUGCCGCUCUUCCAGGUGCAAUACGAUCGCAGCCUCUGUAAACCGUUGGGCACCGUUGCCGACUUUAGCAAGCUGCUCGCUAUGGCGAGGCCCCCCAGAUCCGCUGCCAUAGCGCCGAUAUCGACCCACUCCCUGCCGGCAUCCCGCAGCCCCUCGCCUCUGUCGUACGGCAACAAGAGCCCCUCGCCCCACACCGUCGGCAGCCCCGCACACGCCUUAACAAAGCGCACACCGAGGAAACGUGCCGAUAUCAGACAGAAUGCCCUUACUCUCUUCGAAUUCACCACCGUCUACCCAUUCGUCUACGGCAACAACAAGUUCAAGUGCUUCGUGUGCUCGCAGCCGUUCCUCGAGACUGCGCUCUUGCGCCGCCACAUGCAAGACACGCACACCUUCGCCCCGUUAAAGCGACUACUCAACAACCGCCGCGAGAACGUGAUCAAGGUCGACGUGAGAGAAAUGAACUGCAAACUAUGUCCGAUCCAGCCAAAAGACCUGCAGCAGCUGAAGCAGCAUCUGAAGGAGGUGCACCAGAAGCUGAUAGAUCCGGAGCUGAAGGACAACAUAAUACCCUUCAUGCUGGAGGGAGGGGAGGAGGGCUACCAGUGCGUGAUGUGCGACAGCACCUUCAUCAAAGUGCGCACACUUGUUAUCCACAUGAGCGUCCACUUCAACAACUACAGCUGCGAGAUCUGCGGCUCCGGCUUCAUGACCCUACGGCUGCUGAAGAAGCACCUGGAAGUGCACGAGAGCGGCAACUUCCAUUGCGACCGUUGCAACAAGGUGUUCAACACCUCCUACAAGCUGUCGUUGCACAUCAGAGGCGUGCAUCUGAAGCAGUUCCCCAGACGCUGCCCAAUUUGCCCGGAGCGCUUCAACUCGAACUACCGGCGCACCAAGCACUUGCAGGACGUCCACAAUCAGUCGACCCGUGUGCACAAGUGCAAGACAUGCGGCCGCGGGUUCAAUCUAAAGUACCAUUUGGUGUGCCACACGCGCUCCGUCCAUCUGCAGGAGAGGAACCACCAGUGCAAGGUCUGCUCGCAGAGGUUCUGCAACAAGGAGACGCUAAAGCGGCACAUGGUGAUACACACGGGCGAGAAGAACUACAAGUGCGAUCUGUGCGGGCAAGCGUUUCUGCGCCGGAAAAACUUGAAGGACCAUUUAAGGCUGCACGACGUACUC